CCACUGUAGUAGCAAAAAGUAAAAGCAUUUAUACGAUGUUUACUUCGGCAUGCAAUGCAACGUUUUUCUCUUUCCACGAAAUCUCAUAUUUGCGAACUUCCCUCAGCUGGGUGAGUCAGUCAUGGAUUUCACUGUCGUUUAUCUUUUUUGCUGCUGUCCGGUCGUCGACAAUUCAGAUUUCAUGUAAACCAGGCAAGGAUUUCGUCAGGUGUCACAGUAUAACACCGCAGCAUUUGUGCAAUGUAGAUUUUUUGUUUACAAUUCUAUCCCAUUAAUUACAAAUUAAUAGACGAGAUGGAACGGAAAUCCAUUCGCCAAAGGAAUCAAGCCUGUGACGGGGCCUUGGCGAUUUUGAGGGGGACGAUCUGUUCGGGUGGGUGUGGGAAUGGUGGGUGUUGGUGUCCAGAUCUCACUCUCGACUGGAAACGAGAAGCUGUAAUUCUUAAUAAUGCUGGUCAAAAGUAUACAAUCGGGUCUGGGAAAAAUUUGGACAGCCUGGAUCCGGCAAAAUAUGGACAGUUUUUAAUAUUUCGAAACAAUGCAGACAUAGCCAAGGAGCAAUGCCAAAUUGAAUGUGAUAGAAGUGGAACCUUUUGGUUGCAUAGUUUAGGAUACUCAGAGACGUUUGUGAAUGGGAAAUUAAUGCAAGAUUCCCCCGUCAAGUUAAAAUUUGGAGAUAUAUUUUAUUUUUCGCAUAUUUUUUCGCAAUUCUGGGACCCCCACCUGGCCAAGACUAAUAUUGGGAAGCUGUAUCGACAAAGCCCCGCAGGCAAAAACUUUGCCGUAUUCAAAUUUAAGAGACUGAUGCAUAAAGGAGGAGUAAAGCGGAAACUAGUGAAUAAUAAGACGACUUAUGAAACAAAUAAGGGAGACAAAUCAGAGACUUAUUCCGAGGAUUUUCAUAAAUCAUCAAUUGAUCCCGCGAAGCACCCAGUUUUUGACAACAAUAUCAUACUGACAAAGAUAUGUGAGCACCUCGUCGAGUCAGACAUAGGAGAUCUCUUUAACUGUCGCCUUGUCUCACAAACAUGGAAUCGCUCGGCUCGACUCGUAUUACAGAAAAAUUACGUUAUGAAGUUCAGCAUAAUUAUUGACAAUUUGAUCAUGGACCCAAACUACCUCGCGAAUCGACUUCAUUGGAAGACUUAUCGAAUGAAGGAGUUGAAAUUUGACGCCAUGAAGAUUGAUAUCUGGCCGCAGUCAUAUAAUUACCAAACGAGAGAUAGCGAAGACCGAGACAAAGCAAUGAUAAGAUUUAACCAAGAUUUCUGUGCAUUUAUAAAUCAACCAGAUUUCCACCCACUCAAAGUGCUCCACAUGAAUAUUGACUAUUUGACCCCCAUCUCCACACUCCUCUCCAAAUCUUGCUCUUCUCUGGAAGAAAUCUACAUCCAGAUUAACAUGCUUUGGAUCAACGAUGAAAAUAAGUUGGAUGAACCUGGAUUCCAAGAAGGUCUAAUGUUUCCAAAAUUGAAAAAGCUAACGCUCGAGUUCUCCGAGCAUGAACAAGGUGACAUGGAAAAAAUGUCGGAAUCAAAAUCUCUUGUCAUUUUCCUCAAAGGUGCGACGGGAAUUGAGGAGCUCAUCCUACGCAAUUAUGCCAAACUUCCCUGCGAGUUUAAUUCCUUUAAGAAUCUGAGAAAAAUAACGCUUCACGGUCGGUGCGAAUACAGUGUGGAAACGUUAAAUUUACGUGACUUUCUAACCCAGUUCAGGAGCUUACCUGAAGGUCAACUACGGUCAUUCAAACUAGUCAUGUGUGAGAUUAAUGUCCAAGGAACCCAGGUAGAAAUAGAGAAAAGCUUGCUACAUUUCCUUCAAAACCAGCAGCAAAGUUUGGAAAACUUGGACAUCUUCUUAACAUCAUCACAUCAUAGUCAACCCUUAAAACUGCCGAGGUGCAUGCCAAAGUUGAAGAAGUUAUGGAUAAGUGCCGAUAUUGACUGGACGGGAUCGUUAUGGGGGGUUAAAUUAGGUAGCCAGGUGACCAAGAAGAGUGGGGGUUUCACACCUGACUUUAAUUCAGGAAUGUUGCCCAUGGUGGUUCGCGACAGAAAUAAAUGCAGUCAAGAAUCCUGUCCCGGCUGUAAUGAUACUCUAGCUUAUGGAAGAUGGUAUAAAACUGAGGGACAAUUUGAGUGCUAUAUCCCAAACGUGGAAAAUAUUUGGGCUUGGAUGCAAUGAAUUUGUUGUAUGAUUUUGUUACAUGAAAAUAAAUAUUUAGUAUUUAUGCGCAA